GGGGGGUGGGGUGGGACGGCGCCCAGCCUCGGGUGCUGGCGCGUGGGGGCCGGGCCGGCGCGGUGCCUUCCGCCCUUCUGCAGCUAUCUGCAUAUUUUUUCUUUCUUUUUCGCAAUUUUGAACAUUUUGCAGGACGAGGGGUUCAAGGCAGGUGAGAGCAUCCUGCACGUCGCCCAGGAGCCUGCGGGCACUUGGCGCGCUCUCCGGGGACCGUCUGCACUGGGAACCCGAAAGUUUUUUGUUUUUAUUUUCUUAUGCAGCUGUAUUUAUAAAGAUAUAAGUAAUUUUUUUCUUGUCUCCACCGCCUUGAAAGCGAGUACUUUUGGCAAAGGACGGAGGAAAAAGCUCAGCAACAUUUUGGGGGGCGGUUGGGUUUUUUUCUUUUUAAAGAAAAACAUUUGAGUGCAUCGCGAUGGAGAAAAUGUCCCGACCGCUCCCCCUGAAUCCCACCUUUAUUCCGCCUCCCUACGGCGUGCUCAGGUCCUUGUUGGAGAACCCGCUGAAGCUCCCCCUUCAUCACGAAGACGCAUUUAGUAAAGAUAAAGACAAGGAAAAGAAGCUGGAUGAUGAGAGUAAUAGCCCGACGGUCCCCCAGUCGGCGUUCUUGGGACCCACCUUAUGGGACAAAACCCUUCCCUAUGACGGAGAUACUUUCCAGUUGGAAUACAUGGACCUGGAGGAGUUUUUGUCAGAAAAUGGCAUUCCCCCCAGCCCGUCUCAGCAUGACCACAGCCCUCACCCUCCUGGGCUGCAGCCGGCUUCCUCUGCCGCCCCCUCUGUCAUGGACCUCAGCAGUCGGGCUUCUGCACCCCUUCACCCUGGCAUCCCGUCCCCAAACUGUAUGCAGAGCCCCAUCAGACCAGGUCAGCUGUUGCCAGCAAACCGCAAUACACCGAGUCCCAUUGAUCCUGACACCAUCCAGGUCCCUGUGGGUUAUGAGCCAGACCCGGCAGAUCUUGCCCUCUCCAGCAUCCCUGGCCAGGAAAUGUUUGACCCUCGCAAACGCAAGUUCUCUGAGGAAGAACUGAAGCCACAGCCCAUGAUUAAGAAAGCGCGUAAAGUCUUCAUCCCUGAUGAUCUGAAGGUGCGUCCACGCUGCGGGAGGGAAGCCAUGGCGCCCGAGCAGUGGUCUCAGACUCAAACGGACUGUCAGGGAAGGAGAUGUGAGGAUGACAAGUACUGGGCCCGGCGCAGGAAGAACAACAUGGCAGCCAAGCGUUCCCGCGACGCCAGGCGGCUGAAGGAGAACCAGAUCGCAAUCCGGGCGUCCUUCCUGGAGAAGGAGAACUCGGCCCUGCGCCAGGAAGUGGCUGACUUGCGGAAGGAGCUGGGCAAAUGCAAGAACAUACUUGCCAAGUACGAGGCCAGGCACGGGCCCCUGUAGGAUGGCAGUCUUGCGGGCUGGCUUUCCAAUAGAUGGACAGUGUGUUUCCCGCCUGAUAGCACCACACCCGAACCAACCUUUCUGACAUCAGCACUUUACCAGAGGCGUAAACACAACUGACUCACAUUCUGGUGUGCGUGUGCGCGCGUGCGCGCUUCUGCUCCCGUGUGGUCCGCGGUGCGCGCGCGUGCCUUUGCACUUGCCAUGUUAAGGUAGCCCUCUCCUCAUCUUUCAGUUCCGAAAAAGAAAGGUGCCGUGUUUUUACUGGACUGCGGAGACGCCUCCUGGGGUCUCCUGCCCCCCCUUCCAACCCCCCUCCUGCCCCUUCCCGCGUCGCUCUCUGGUGGCUCCUGCCUGCUCUUCCGGGACCCUCUGCUGGGCUCCACCAAGCAGGGCCCUGGUGAAAUAGUAGAUCUCAGUUGUCAAGACUACGAGCUCUUGUUUCUGUUUAAUCUGUAAAUUACCAUGCUAAUAAGGUGCGCAAAAAUCACUUAGCACUACACUGCAGCGCUCUCGCUCUCUUUCUCUCUCUCUCUUCAGUUAUAGGUUGCUUUCCUCAUAUUUUCAGUUUUGGUGAUAAUUGUCUUCAAAUUUCAAGUGCUGUUUAGAUUUAUUAGAUCCCAUAUUUACUUACUGCUAUCUACUAAGUUUCCUUUUAAUUCUACCAACCCCAGGUAAGUAAGAGUACUAUUCUAGAACACAGAGUGUGUUUUUGCACCGUCUGUACCUAAAGCAAUAAUCCUAUUGUACGCUAGAGCAUGCUGCCUGAGUAUUACUAGUGGACAUAGGAUAUGUUCCCUACCUAAGAAUUUCACUGUCUUUUAAAAAACAAAAAUUACAGUAAUGCAUUUGAGCAUGCCCAGAAUAUCCCCAGGACAGGGAAGCAGAGGGAAAUGCCAGGUCUAAGAACGAGGGAUUAAUUUAUCAGCAUAGGAGCCAAAAAAAAAAAAAAAAAAAUUGCAUCUUGGAACAGCUUUUGACAUUGAUAUGUUUGCUUUUGUUUUCUCCGCUCUCCACCCCCACUUUUCUAGUUCCCUUUUUCCAUAUCCCUCUUGAUAUUCAAAACAAUUACUUAAGAUUCAGUUUUCCCCGUUUUUGGGUAAUAUAUAUAUUUUUGUGAAUUAUACCUUGCUGUUUUUAAAAAUCAGUUAAUUAAGUUAAUAAGUUCAUGUUUUGUAAGACCCUUUUUCCUAGCGGUGUCAUUUUCGAAUGCUUCAUAAAUUAAUGAUUCUGGAGCUUAUGUUUCUUAUUUCGUUUGCUUUUUUGAAAGUAUGUGCUCUUAUAAAGACGACUUUUGAAAAAUGAAUGUAAAAGACACUGGUGUAUCUCAGAAGAGGAUGGUGUUGUCGUAAACUGUGGUUAAUCCAAUCAAUUUAAAUGUUUACUACAGACCAAAAGGAGAGAUUAUUAACUUGUUUAAUGUUUAUACAGAGCAAUUAUAGGAAGUUCUUUUUUGUACAGUAUUUUUCAGAUAUAAAUACUGACAAUGUAUUUUGGAAGACAUAUAUUAUAUAUAGCAAAGAAGAGAAAACUAUUCCAUGUUUUAAAAUCAUGUAGCAAAGAUAUAUAUUCAUCAGUGUUGUACAGAGAAGAAGCGCUUGGGGGUUUUGAAGUCUUUAAUAUUUUAAGCCUAUCACUGAUACAUCAGCAUGUUUUUUGCUUUAAAUUAAAAUUUUAUGACAGUAUCGAAGCUUGGUGUGACGAAUCCCGCUCUAAAAUACAUAAAGAGCUUUCCUGUUCCCUAUUAGGUCUCAGAAAGAAGUCAGUUAACGUCACCCAGAAGCACAAAGUGGAUGUUAGUCAAAUAUUUAUUGGCUGAUACGGUGUUUUUUAGGAAAAGCAUCUGCCAUGAAAACGUUCACUUCAAAGUUACGAGUUUCUGGAAUGAAAUAUCACUGCAAGCACCCCAAACAAUUCUGUUCCCCUCUGUGGGCACGUGUGUCUUAUGCGGUAUAAGGUUGAUACCGGUGUUACAUGUACGGUUUAUAAUUUGGUAGAUGUUUUGACCUUAAAGGUGAUUGUUCUUUUGUUUCACCAAGUUGUGUAAUGUCAAGAGAUUCCGCUGUUAUUGAAAAGAUACGUUUUGUGCUAGAUUAAAACACCCUUUCAUCAAUGGGAUUUUCUAGUCUCCUGCCUCCAGAGUAUCUAAUCCUUGAAUGACCUGGUGGUCCCCUUGUCCAUCCACCAGCAGUGCUUCUGUCGAGUGUCAUAGUUUCCGUAAAUCUGACUAGAAGGCUAUUUCUACUAGAUACUCAUUUUGUCCCGAGCUACAGAUUAUGGUGGGAAAUACGAGAGCAUUAGAAUCGAAAUGCAUUGUUCAGGUAUGCAACUAAGAAAAGAAAACCUUUGGCCAAAUUAAGCAGAACUGAAUAAGCAAUAUUCAGGAAGAGAUGCAGGUGGACGCAGUGUUAGCUUUUUUAUAGGUAGAGAGACCAGUGGCAGCAGAAGUAUUCAGUGGCAGGAGUUACUGAAACGGAAACAAGCAAUGUCUGUAAGUGGAGCAGUGUUGCACCAUUGGCCAUCCAGGUUCACCACAGGAUGAGAUGGUAGCUGAAAAAACCGUAUUUAUUUGAGCUCUGGUCUUGGAAUGAGGUUGUCUGUAUCAAAUGAGGGUCACACAUUUUCUCUGUGGAAGAAAUAAAAAGAUCAUAAUAAAAUUUACUCUUGGGUGUGCUAGGAGAGGUUUCAGAAACCUACCUCGUCUUAAAAUUUAAAAACUUUUGGAGUCUGUACACGUGCCUUAUAUGUAGGUCAUUGUCCCCACACACACAUGAACACUCAAUCCUGGACUUGCUUUCUGUCGAGGGCGGUUAACUAGUAAACAAGGCAGUUCUGCUCGAUGGCAUAGGAAGCCGUGGCCUGAUUUGGAAGGACUCAGAUCAAGCAGGGUCAGAUGAGUUCUGCAGACCACAGCUAUUAAAAGAGUCCUGUUGUCAUUUUCCACCUUUUCAUCAGAAGCAUCUUUCGGAGAUUAAUUACUUGGCCAUUAAAGAUGAAUCCAAAUCCUAUCGUGCCGACAUCAUUUAGACACAAUUUGGAAUGAGCGGCCUGCUUUCCUGACAGGGUCGAGGUGUCAUUUCUGUGGACUUAGACUUGCAGAGAAGGGCAAAACCUGAUGAGCGUGUCCUGCCUCAUGCAAUUUGAGGCUGCAGGUAGGGAAUAGGAGGGCUGGGAGAGAUCACGUCCUCCUUUUGAGAAAGGGGCCACCUUCUGACCAUUCAAAACACUCAGUGGGCAAGACUGUGCCAGGCCUUUCAUCUUCCAGUACGACAGGCCUGGGGGAAGUCAUCCCUUGAAGCAGAAGGACCGUUUGUUCCAGGAGCGUGCAGAUGGGAUGUGGCUUCGGGUGGGUAGGAUGCUGUGCUAGAGAACCCAGGGGUUCCUUCCGACUCGCCGGUUUUGUGAGGGAACACACAAUAAUUCUAAAUGUGCAUUUAGAAGGUCUUGAGCCUAAAAGAAUUUUAAGUGCAGCCCCCUCUUCUCCAGCCACCCCUGAGGAAAACAACAUGCAGAGGUAUACUUGCUUUUUUUCCGGUAGUUUAUCUAAUUUCCCCCUGGUGUUCCUUUUAAGAAUAUUCAGACUUUGUCAGAGUUCAUCAGAGCUGUCCCAAGCCAGGCUGGCUUGGCCUGUUUGCCUGUGUGGAGCGCGGACGCUGGGAUUUAACCCGGGGUCGGCAAGCUGCAGGUGAUGGGGGACAGUGUGCUAAACAGCUUCUGCUCUCAGGGUGCAGCUCCCUGCUGAGGGCUCCUGGGCCCCACUGGGGAGGCCAAGGUCUCCUCCUGGUUUUCUCUACAAUUAAUAAUGUCAUUUUAAAAAUGAGCAAAGCCUUAUCCUAGAUCUCAAUUGGAUUAGACUUGACAAUUAAGUCAGUACAUUGUGCAGAGGGCCAAGUGUAUGUAGAGGAGUGUGAGUGUGUGUGUGUGUGUGUGUGUGUGUGCGCGCGCACGUGCACGCACACGUGUGUGGAUAUUUAAGUCAAAUCAUAACAUCUUUACUUUUGGAGAACCUUCCCGAACAUAACCACCAUAACCAUUAUCCUUUUGGCAACACCACAAAGGUUGCAUCUGUUAAACAGGUACAAGUUCACAUGAGGUCAGUUUAAUUGUACAUCGUGAUAUGGGUGGUGUUUAUGCUGUUAAGUCCGAACCCUUAUCUGUCUGUUAUUCUCAAUGCUUAAUAAACUUUGAAUUUGUUCCUUUC